AUGUUAGAUUAUGGGCACCGAGGAAUGCAGGUGUGGUAUCCAUCUCUGGGGGUUGACCCUUUUAAGCAGGAGGGUUUCUUGCAAUGGGAAUGCAGUUUAAAUGAAACAACCGAUCAGUUCAACUGUAUUUGCCUCUGUGCUGUUAAAGAGUAG